GCCAUGGCAAACAUCAACCCAAGGGUAAGUAAGGGAGAGAGGGCGACCAAGGAGCCCGGUUCCGCAAAAAAAAAAAAAAAAAAAAAAGACAGCCUGCGUGACCAACUUCACCUGUGUGCCGGGUGGCCGGUUGACGGGCUGCGAGAGCCAUAGACGGUCAUGGCCCCGAUGGCGGCCUUCACCAUGGCCUGCAUCCUGUUCACAUAUACACGCUCGUCCAUCCGCGAGGCCAGGCUGAACGCUCAAAUGGAACGCGACGCGUAUCGCAGGAAACAGCUGCAGAACCCUCCCGAGGAGCCUCCCAGGUGA